AUGUUGCUCAGCCGCGACCCGCAGUAUUCGCCACCCAAUGACGACAGUUGCGACUCGCUGUCGGACGACCUCCACGACUACGAUUACGACAUCUCGCCGCUCUCGACUGGAAUCCCGGUGCCUGUCUUCGACAUCAGCGACAGCAUGAGCAUGGCUGAGCCAAGCUUCAGAGAGUACAAGAGAGGUGGGCGGCUAGCGCCGGCGCGAUCACUGGCUGCAGAGUCGAAUCGCAUAUCGGAUGACGCGCUGAGCGUCAUGCGCGACGAGUACUACGCCAACUCGGCCGUCACCGCCAGCGCCUUCGACCAGGCCACCUUCUACAAGCUGCAGGCGGAGAUACUGGUCAGCAAGCGCCGGUACAAGGAGGCGCUCGGCGCCGCGCUCGUGGCCGAGUCCGCGGAGGGGCGCUCCAGGGUCAUCGACGCAGUCAAGAUGAUAUGCAUGUACCAGCUGAACGACGAGGAGCGGUUCAAGGAGCUCAAGCAGGAGCUGACCGCCACCGGCCUCGGCGGACUGUCGGAAUCGCUGAAAAAGCAGGCGCUCGGCACCAUCGAGGUCUCGGAAUGGGUGCCGGAAUUCCUCAACUGUCUCGAUCAGAUGAAAACGAAAAACUGA